AUGGCAGCACCAAUUCCGCAUCGAACAGCUAGUACUCAAAAAAAUGUUGGAGCUUUCCCCCCACCCGUGUACUACAGAGAUACGUUGGGGUUGCAGCCGGUCAACGAUCGACCCUUCAGCGAGAGUAUCACCACUUUGGACUCUGAUAACACCGAGACUAGUAAAUCGACUGGUAAGUUCAUAAACAUUAGGGUCGAAUUACGAUAUUAGCUUCUCAAUUGUACGGUACCUGCCGAAAAAUAUUUUGAUCAAAAAGUAUGGAGAAAAGUAAAAAAAGCCCACUUGAUUUAUCGUAUCAAUAUGUUAUAAUACUGAAGUACAAAACCUUUCAGUCCGCACAACCAUGAACAUAUAUCACCCGAUAUACCACAAUAACCACCGCAUGCUCGAGAGUCAGUACACCGAUCCAUCAACGUAUCACGUAUGUAAACAAAUUAUUUUAAAAAGUAUGAACAACUCAAUAUGAUUUUGAUGGAUUUAGGUUGAGCAAAUCAUAACAAAUCGAGUACUGAUCCUUCAUGCUCGGACAUUACUUAUCAUCAUAUUGUGUGCGUUUGGUGCUGCUAUUCAAUUAGUAAGUCUACCGUCAAUACUUACCAUCGUAUUUUAGCUCAUGUUUUCAGUUAUUUGCAUUUUGUUCGAUGGAUCUCCGUACUAUGUCGCUUUCCUUGCCAGUAUAUUGUUUAUCUUGAACUCUUGCCUAUUGUUCUACUUCCUUCGAAAACAUCAUUCCAGGGCUCUUUUAGUAAGUUAUAAAUACUGUCUCAAAAUUGUUAGUUCCUCAAUUAAAUGAAUGUGUAUAUCCUAUUAUACACAAGCUGGCGUACAAUUAAUGUAAAAGUAAAUAAAUCAUUAACUUUUUUUAGAUAUUCUGUUGUUUCACGACGAGUAUAGUGUUUAUAAUUUGUGUGUUCUUGUUCUUCUGGACAGCUUACUUGAUAUACGACGAAGAUCAAAAGAUUCGAAAAGAUGGUUUCGACUUCUCACAAGCGGAUCUACAGACAACUAACCACAUCGUUGUGAAUACCAGAAUAGCCAUGUACAGUCUACAUAUGAUAUUCACUCCAAUACAAGGUAAAUGACAUAUAAAAUACGUUAAGCUUAAAACGUUUAUAUUACACUUUAGGUUAAUAAAAAAACCAGUCAUGCCCAAUGUAUCUUGGCGUUAUUUCUGACAGAAAUAUUAAUGAAAUAAUAUUUUACUAAAAUAUCACGUUUGAACUUAAUUGCAUUAUUAUUUCAGCCGUCUGUUGUGCAGCAAUAUUGUUCAUCUUGCUCAAGACUUUGGGAUCACUUCAAGAUGGUAAAGUCCUCAAAGGAUAUUUUUUUAGUAAACCUAUUGGACACCAAGUAAGCCUUAAUAUGAUUUAUAUCAUUUAUUUUUAGACAGUACUAGUGCCUAUUGAAGUAAAACAAGUAAGAAACUUGGAUCUCUACGACGACAACACGGACAAUAACUCUAUCGGUGUUCAAACAACGAAAGAUGUUGCUAUUGAAAACUGA